AUGACGUCCGAAGCAAAGCUGAACCGUGAGCGUCGGCUUCUGCUUGUUAUUUGCAUAUCGUUUUCCUUUUUCAUCGCUGAGAUUAGUGUCGGAUUCUACACACGCUCCCUCGCGCUUGUUGCCGAUGCAUUCCAUUAUCUGAAUGACCUCGUCGGCUUUGUUGUGGCGUAUGCUGCUGUCAAGGUAAUACAAAAUAAGUUCCGAGUUUCGGAAAUAUCGGCACGGGAUGAGUCUCCCAAAGAAUUAUCCUUUGGUUGGCAACGAGCACAACUACUAGGGGCAUUUUUCAACGGCGUUUUUCUCCUCGUGUUAGGGGUCAGCAUCUUCUUACAGUCUAUCGAAAGAUUUUCCUUUGCAACACCCGAACCCCUUACUCAUAUUCGUCUUCCAGGCGUCGAGAAACCAAAGCUCAUCCUCAUCAUCGGAUGCGUUGGCCUAGCGCUCAACAUCAUAAGCGCCACAUUUCUACAUGAGCAUGCCCAUGACCACGAAAAGGACCACACGCACUACGAAGAGUCCACGAUAAAUGAAGGCGGCGAGGAUAGAGCAGAAUCUUCACUUGGUACAGAUACGCCUCUUACUCCUCACCAAGAGCAUCGACACCAAGCGAGUCCACGGAACAAUGCUGGGUAUGAUCUUGGCAUGUUAGGGGUGCUUCUUCACGUUAUUGGCGAUGCCAUUAACAAUGUAGGUGUCAUUAUUUCCGCCUUGGUCAUCUGGUUGGCCCACUACGACGGGAAAUACUACGCAGAUCCUGGAGUCAGCAUGGGAAUCGCGGUGAUGAUCCUCAUAUCAUCAAUUCCCCUAGUCAAAAGAUCUGGCUCCAUUCUUCUUGAAAGUGUACCCCCUGGGGUUGACCUAAGAGACAUAAAGCAUGACUUGGAAAAGAUCCCUGGAAUAGAAUCGGUACACGAACUACAUGUUUGGGGCUUGAACCAGCAAAAAGCGCUUGCGUCAGCCCACGUGGUUGUCAAGGAGCAUUCGGUGUCUAGCUUCGUCCAUCUAGCAAAUGUGAUUAACGAAUGCUUCCAUGCUUAUGGCAUUCACUCGACCACGUUGCAGCCAGAGCUUGCACCAAGUAAUAUUCUUAACGAGCCGUCGAGGCAUGAGAACCUUCGGAAGAGGUCCAAUGCCGCCUCGUCCUGCCAGAUAACCUGUGGAAAUCUGUGCGAAAGUCUGACCUGCUGUGGAUAG